GAAAAACAAAUAUUUCAUCCUUUUGCUAGCGCUGCUUCACUUUCUUGUUUUUAAUUCUUCAUAAACCAAACAUAAACCCCUUUAACUUUAAGCACGUUUGUACAACAAUUCUCAAUGAAGAAGGUGUAGCCGUUACCUCUCUCUCUCUCUCUCUACGCUCUUUCUCUGCACCGUUUCUCUCUCUCUCUCUACCCUCACACUCCACAGUGGGCAAAAUAACCCUUUUUCUUCGAUGAGGCUUUCCCAGAAUGACUCAAUUGUAAAUUCUCAGUUUUUCAGCUGAAUUUCAACUGCAAUUGGUAGAUUACCGAAUUCCCCCUUGUAAACCCUAGCCAUUUGCAGGUGACCCUCUUGUAAAUUGUCAAUUUUGUUAACCUGUGGUUGAUAGUUUAAUUGCAUCACACGUCCAAUUUUGGGGAGAAAAUGGCAGAACUUGAUCCGUGCAAGAAAGUAGCUGAUAGGUAUCUCAAGCGUGAGGUGCUUGGUGAAGGUACCUAUGGUGUCGUAUACAAAGCCAUUGAUACCCAGACAGGGCAGACAGUUGCAAUUAAGAAGAUCCGGCUUGGCAAGCAGAAAGAAGGGGUCAAUUUUACAGCUCUUAGAGAAAUUAAACUGCUUAAAGAGCUCAAAGAUCCAAACAUUAUUGAGUUGAUUGAUGCAUUCCCGCAUAAAGGGAAUUUGCAUCUUGUGUUUGAAUUUAUGGAGACAGACCUUGAAGCUGUUAUACGAGACCGAAAUAUUGUUCUUUCACCUGGCGACAUAAAAUCUUUCCUUCAAAUGACGCUAAAAGGCCUUGCUUAUUGCCACAAGAAAUGGGUGUUGCACAGGGAUAUGAAGCCAAAUAACUUGCUGAUAGGACCUAAUGGACAGCUGAAACUUGCAGAUUUUGGUUUAGCACGGAUAUUUGGAAGCCCAGAUCGCAGGUUCACUCAUCAGGUGUUUGCUCGGUGGUAUAGAGCACCUGAACUAUUGUUUGGUACCAAGCAGUAUGGUCCAGGGGUAGAUGUUUGGGCUGCAGCUUGUAUAUUUGCUGAACUUCUUCUUCGUCGACCCUUUCUGCAGGGUUCAAGUGAUAUUGAUCAAUUAGGAAAGAUUUUCGCAGCAUUUGGAACGCCAUCACCUUCUCAGUGGCCUGAUAUGGUUUACCUUCCUGAUUAUGUUGAAUACCAAUUUGUUCCUUCCCCACCUUUGCGUUCUUUAUUUCCAAUGGCGAGUGAUGAUGCUUUAGAUUUGUUGUCAAAGAUGUUUGCAUAUGAUCCAAAAGUUAGAAUUUCAGUGCAGCAGGCAUUAGAGCACAGGUACUUUUCUUCAGUGCCUCUGCCCACAGAUCCUGAGAAGCUUCCAAGACCUGCCCCUAAGCGGGAAUCUGGGGUCUCAGAUUUAAAUUCAAAUGAUGGUCCUACUGUCUUGUCACCUCCAAGAAAGUCUAGGAGAGUGAUGCCGGGGCGUGAUGGGUCUGAAAGCAAUUCUUUGCAUGGAGAUAGAUUUGAUGACAAUGUUGGUAAUGUCAGACAGGCAGUUGGUGAUAAUACAGGCAAGAAUGAGCCAGCACCAAUGUCGCUAGAUUUUUCUCUUUUUGGAUUAAAACCUCCAAAUAGACCUACAAUUACCAGUGCUGACAGAUCACAUUUAAAAAGAAAAUUAGAUCUAGAAUUCUAGCAGCCAGAACGAAUACUCUAUGACAGGUGCUUCGAUACAAGGGGUCUGAUACACUUGAGAAAAUUCUGUGAAUCAGCGUUGCGCUUGUAUUUCAGUCCUUAUUUCUCUCUCUCUCUCUCUCUCUCUGCGCAUGAAGCCACUAAUGAAUAUGUUGAUGUUUAAAGGAAGAAGUAGCAGUGACAGCUGAUAGCUUCUCACUUGAAUCAUAGUUCAGAGACUUAAAAGUAACUAUCAUAGAAAAAAAAUAAAAAUUAUAGUAAUCACAUUCUGGUUUGGAUCCCGUUGUUCUUGAUUUUUGCUCUUUGCAUUUGAGAGAACUUGUAUCAGUCCACGAAAGGCCUUGAUUGAGUGAGGGCAUUUUCUUGAGCCCUUGCGGUGUAUCCAACGCUUGAAAAAGUAGUUAUUGGGUAGUAAAACUGAAUUUUAACACUGAUUUGUUAUUGAACAUAAAGAGAAAAUUAUUGUUUACACUUUUGAGUGUAUAACUUUGUGUACUGAACAAAAUUAUUUGUUGACAAGGUGAUUGAUUUUGGCUGAUUGUAUG